AGGAAGGAAGGAAGGAAGGAAGGAAGGAAGGAAGGAAGGAAGGAAGGAAGGAAGGAAAGCAAGAAGGAAGAAAGGAAAUCAAGAAGGAAGGAAGGGAGGGAGGAAGGAAGGAAGGAGAGCAAGACGACGGGAAAGCAAGAAGGAAGGAAGGAAGAGGACUUCUCCUUGCCUCCCUCCAGCCCUUCUUCAUGAUGUCCCCCCUGCUGCGCCCCUUGCUGCUGCUCCUGCUGGUGGACGUGGGGUCCCUGGGCCUGUCCCAGCUGUGGCCCCUGCCCUUCCUGUGGGGCCCACUGCCCUCCCUGUGGGGCCUGGCCCUUCUGCGGGGUCUGGUGCUGAUCCUGGGGGCACUCUUCCUUCGGCCAGGCCUGCCCCCCAGCUUGGUCUCCACCCUGCUGCCCUCGGCUGCCCUCCUGGCCCUGCUGCCCCCCUGCUGCGCCACCUUGCAGUCCUUCUUCCCUUCCGGGGCUCUUUCCUGGGGCAGAGCGGACACCCUGGCCCUGCACUAUAUGGCCGUGGGGGCCGUGGCCCUCCUCUGGCACCACCUGAAUGGAGCACCACAGAAUGGAGGAGACCAGGAGAAGAAGAUGGGGGCCCCCUCGGCCUCCCUGGGGCGCCUGGUGGGCAGCAUGAGGCCAGAGGCACUGCGGUUUGUGGCCAUCGCUGGGCUCCUGGUGGCCUCCUCCCUGGGGGAGAUGGCCAUCCCAUAUUACACGGGACGAGUGACCGACUGGAUCGUGACCGAGGCUGGGACUCCUGCCUUCCAGAAGGCCCUCUGGAUGAUGACUGUCUUCACGGUGGGCAGUGCCGUGAUGGAGUUUGUCUGUGACUACCUCUACAAAACCACCAUGAACCGGUUCCACACCCGACUCCAGAGCACCGUCUUCGCCUCCAUCCUGCGCCAGGAGAUAGGCUUCUUCCGGGCCAGUCGGACAGGAGACAUCACUUCCCGAGUGACAUCUGACACAGACGCCAUGAGUGAGGCCCUGAACCAUGACUUGAGCCUGCUGAUGUGGUAUCUGAUGCGGGGGGUCUUCCUCUACGGCAUGAUGCUCUGGCUCUCAGUGCCCUUGGCUCUCUUUGCCACCGUGGCCUUGCCUUUCAUCUUCCUGGUGCCAAAGCUCACGGGGAAAUUUUACCAGAAUCUGGCACAGGAAGUCCAGGAAUCCCUUGCCAAGGCCAAUGAGGUGGCUGUGGAGAACUUCGAGGCCAUCUUGACUGUCCGCAGCUUUGCGAAUGAAGGUGGUGCGGCUCGAAGCUAUGAGGAGAAACUCCAGGAGACCUACAAACUCAGUGAGAAGGAGGCUGUGGCCUAUGCGGUCAACAUGUGGACCAGCACCCUCUUAGGACUGGCUCUCAAAGUUGGCAUCUUGUAUUAUGGAGGCCGUCUUGUCACAUUGGGGCAAGUGAGCAGUGGCGCUCUUGUUACCUUUCUCCUGUAUGAGAUGCAGUUCUCCACAGCGGUGAAGGUUCUCCUCCGUAUUUAUCCCAGUGUGCAGAAGGCGAUCGGCUCCUCAGAAAAGGUUUUCGAAUACAUCGACCGGAUGCCCAAGAUCAGCCCCUCGGGCACCUUGGCGCCCCAAGAUUUAAAGGGACACAUGGUGCUAAAGGAUGUGUCUUUCUCCUAUCCUGAUCGGGACAAUUCCCUUGUCUUGAAGGGGGUGUCCCUGGAGCUGCAUCCUGGUAAGGUGACUGCCCUGGUGGGCCCCUCGGGAUCUGGGAAGAGCACCAUUGUGGCCCUCCUGGAACGGUUCUAUGAGCCCCAAAAGGGCCAAGUGUUGCUGGACAGCAGAAACUUGCAGGAAUACGAGCAUCAUUUCCUGCAUCAAAAGGUGGUGCUUGUGAGCCAGAGGCCAGUACUUUUUGCCCGGUCAUUACACAAGAACAUUGCUUAUGGUUUGGGAGAGCGAAGCCGAGAGGAAGUGUCACAGGCAGCCCGGCAAGUGGGAGUCCACCGGUUCGUUGCUCGACUGAGCCACGGAUACAACACAGAUGCUGGGCAAACAGGUGGCCAGAUCUCUGGGGGUCAGAGACAGGGGGUUGCUCUCGCCCGAGCCUUGAUCCGAGACCCCAGAGUAUUGAUCCUGGAUGAUGCCACCAGUGCCCUGGAUACGGAGAGUCAGCGGGAGGUGGAGAGGGAGAUCUACGAAGGGGAGGCUCGUGGUAGGCGCUCCGUGCUGCUCAUCUCUCACCGGCUGCACAGCGUGGAACGUGCGGAUCUCAUCCUGGUCCUGGAGGAGGGGCAGAUCCGGGAGAAGGGGACCCACCAGGAACUCAUGGAGAGGAAGGGGGCCUAUUGGCAGCUAGUGCAGAGGCAGCAGAAUGGGGCCGAAGGGGGAGGAAACAACGGCUCCCACCAAGUGGGCAAUGGGCCUCUCUGAGGGUAGAAAUAACAGCUAGGCAUCUUGUCCCAGGCUCCAGAAUCUCACCUCUUCAAAGGAGAUUUAAUUUUUGGACCACCACUCCCAGUAUUCCCCUGUCAGAAGGGCCACAGGGAUUCUGGGAGCUACAGAUUUUCUUUAUUUAAACAAUCCAAAGAAACUUGAAGCUUCAACGUUUACUUACAAGUCAGCUGGCCCCUGAAUGAGGAUUUUUUGCUUUGAGGUCCCUCCCUUUGUUUGCAAAAUGCCUCCCACUUACUGGGGUGAUAAGGGUUAGAUAUCUCCCCCUGUUGUGAUUCCAUACCUUUGCUACUCCAUCCGCAGACACUGUGUGUCUGUUUGAUAUUGGAUGAAGACUGUUCUAAUAAGCCAGGCUUUGUGGUAUCCCUUUUUGUAAGACUGAAUUAUUUAAAGUUUUGUAAAUUGCUUUGAAUAGUUAAGCCCUUUCAAAAGCAGCAUAUUCAUCUUUUUUAGUGUGCCCAAAUACUCUAGGCAAUAGCUCCUGGACUUUGUGAAAACAUAGAUUCCAAAUCAAAGGCCCCACACUCUGUUGAUCUACAAGAAUUUAAAAAAACACACAGAUAGAAGGGAACUUUGUUAUGAAGGUAAAAGUAAAGGUAAAUAUUUCCCCCUGACAUUAAGUCUAGUUGUGUCCAACACUGGGGGUUGGUGCUCAUCUCCAUUUCUAAGCCGAAGAACUUGUGUUGUCCAUAGACACCUCCAAGGUCAUGCGGCCAGCAUGACUGCAUGGAGUGCUGUUACCUUUCCACCAAAACAUUAGGAAAAGGGGAAAACAGACAGGUAGAUGGACACAAACAAGGAGGCUGCAGCACCCCUGAAUUUGCAAGAUCUUGAAAUUGGUGGGGUCUCUUAUUUGUAGAUGUUGUAGGUUGAAGCCAACUUGUCUGUAAAUAACAACCCACAACUGCAGAAAACUAUGCAAGCUUACAAGAUCCCAGUACCUUAGAACUGCCAGCUACGGAUUCCAGCGUUUCUCUGUGCUACAAAUCCUUCAUGUGCCUGGGUCAGUUUCCUUGUCUACUUUGGGAUAUUUUUGUCUGUUCUGGAGCCCAUUCACACUUCAGAACUAAAGCCAUUAUAAUUCCACUUUAACCCCCAUGAUUCCACUUGGUAUCCUAAUUUUGGUAAGGCUGUUUGGAGACUCCCAAUACCUUCCCGAACUGCAAACUUCUAGAUGUUGUAGGGUAGAUCCAGCGCAGUUCAAGGGAUUCAAAGUGUGAUAACAGAGUACUGUAUUCUGGAAGCACUCCUGUAUUUUGUCCUGUAUUGUGUAUUUCAGUGAAAUGUGUGAAAACAAGUGUGGGCAGGCAAAGAAUGGGGAAUAUGGGCGAGUGUUUCAAAAGACAUGUAUUUCAGUAGAGCUGGUGUACACACAUAUCUGUCUACCUAUCUGCCUGUCUACACACACACACACACACACCAUCCUAAGGUCCCAGGUGACUUCAAGGCAUGUGUACACAGGCACUUCAGGUCACCUGUCAAUUUGUGGCUCUCUAAAAAAAAAUUUUAAAGGCAAACCUUAUUUUUUCACAUGGGACCUUAGGAACACCUAAAAAGGCUUAGCAUUCUCCAUAGAUAUUUUCUGCAUAUGAAAGAAAAAUAUUAUGUGUACUGUGUUUAUGUGUGUUGUGGACAGAUAUAAAGGUAGCUAUUUUCUUGUAUGUGAAUAAAUUUAAAUAUUUUUAUAGA